AUGGAUAGUCGGGCGGAAGAGAUACACCUAAUACUAGAUAACUUAAAGGAUGCUGAUCCUGGAGUUACCCAUUCAGCUCUUAGUAUGCUAGUACAGAAACUUCGGUCUUCUACCUCGGUGGCUUCAACUUUGCCUAAGAUUCUUAUUUACUUGAUCUCCCAGAAAGACUCACUUAAAGAGCGGUUGGAAUCGCUUAGUGGUGAGAACAGACGGAUUAUGGCUGAUAUUCUUUCGGUUAUUUCGGCUACUUCCGAUUCGAUUGAUGCUCUUAAUUAUAGAGUUGAGGGAGGAUCGACUUCUCUUGACAUUUGGGGGCACCAGUACAUUAAGAAACUCUCUAGUGAUCUGAUUACGUACCACCAGAAUUUAGGAAGUUUGCCUGCUCAGCGCUUGUCGGAAGUCUUAAAGGAAGUCCUGCACUGUCUUUUUCAGUUCAAUUCUGAGUACGAUGCGAUUGAUUUGUUGCUGGAAAUAGAUAAGUUGGAAGAGUUACCAGCCUAUACUGAUUCUGAUAAUUUUGAUCGAGUGGCUUCUUACUUAGUGCCUUUACUAGCUUACUUAGACCAGCCGGUUAAAAUGAAGGCUAAGUCUGUACUGAUUGAUAUCUAUAAGAAAGAGAAAAGAACAAUUGAGUACACAACUUUACUUAUUGAAACCAAGCGUAUAGAAGAGAUUCAAACGGCACUGCAAACAGCUAGUCCAGUUGAUGCUCUGCAAAUGGCCUGUAUUCUUUCUAAGCACAAUCUUUGGCUGCCAGUUAAAGAUAAGCACAUUCAAAGUGUUAUUUAUGGACACCAUAUGGCUAGACUGAAUAAGUACGUGGCAGAUCAGUUGGGCCUAACUGCAGAUAAGGAUCGUGGUCUAGGCUCUUUCCCAGAAGCUCUAGCUAAAGCAUCUUUUGCCCAUGAAGCGAUUCCUGAACAUGAUAACAAGAAAACCUACAAGAUUUCAUCACAGGCAGCUAAAGGUCUGCUUUAUCUUUGGGACCAACAGAGAGCUAUGGUUGAGGUCGAGGAGAACUUGUUUGCUGAGGACGGGUAUGUCCGAGCUGCUUCUAUCUUGGCUUUAGCCGUUAGUUCUUGUCGGACGCGUGAUGAGAAUGAAACUGUCCUGGCCGCAACUAGAGAGGCUCUUUCUUCCCAUUCAACUACGCAACGACUUGUUCUGCUGGAGGCUUUGGCCUUACAGUAUACAGGUACGGCUCGUCUGGAUGUUUAUGAUUUGGUUAAGCCGUUUAUGCAAGCUGAUCAGCCAGAAGUAUCUCUUUUUGCCAUUUAUGUGGCCGGAUCUAUCUUUGCCGGUACGGCUGAUACGGAAGUUCUUGCUGAAUCAUUACAGAUUUUAGUCGAACGACCGGCUGCUGCGCCCUUUGCUAAAUUUGCCCUCCUAGGUAUUGCCUUGCUCUUCUUCCAGAUUGGUGAUGCGGUUGAGCCAAUGCUAGAACUGUUACAAACGGCUGGAGCACAUGCUAUCUCAUUAAGUAUUCUAUCCCGGGCUUUGGCCUAUUUUGCUACGGGUAGUGCCCAGGUGUUACAUUCGCUGCUUAAGAACGCCUUGGAAGAAGGCUCGCCUGCUGAGAGUGAAGAAGAGUCGCCUGAAACUAUUGAGUACAAAGACGUCUUUGGAAUUCUAGGCAUUGCUUUAGUUGGUUCAGGAGAUGAGACUUUAGCCCAAAUGGCUACGCAUAUCCUGGAAGGAGCUGUUUUACUGGACAGUCCUCGUGCGCAAAUGGCUGUGCCUCUAGCCCUCUCGCUACUCCAUCUUUCUGGGGCUAAGCCUGAAGUUCUAGAGACGCUUAAGCGCUGUGCGCAUACGGGCGAUGCUUCGGUCAUUGUUGCUUCCUUGGCGGCUCUGGGUCUAGCAGCGGCUGGUACUAACAAUGCCCGGGCAAUUGCCGCUCUAGAAGAAAUGACGAGUUUCUGUGGGAAGGGUGCACCAGGGAGUACAUUACGUAUUGCCCAGGGCCUGAUUCGGCUGGGGAAAGGAGCAAUGAAGAUUUCUUUGUGUAAUGGCCAAACACCAUCAGUUCGAUCGGUAGCUGGAGUGCUUGGCUUUGUAUUUGCUUUACUUGAUGGCGGCGCUUGUAUUCUUGAUCGGUAUUACUUUACUAUGAUGCUUAUAUCACCCGGGAUUGUGCCCAAGUACGUGGUGACAGUUGACGCGGCCGGCGAGCCUAUUGAAGCUCGAAUUCGGGUCGGUACUCGAGUUGAUAUAGCUGGAGUAGCCGGUCGGCCCAAGCGUUUGGCGGGUGCGCAGGUACACUCUUCUCCCAUUCUAUUACAGGCCACUGAGGCGGCGGAAGUCCUUGGCGAGACUCCUACUUACCACUGUACUGAAGAAAUCGUCGUGAUUGAUACUGCCAAGAGAGAAGCAGACGUAUCAUAA